AGUCAUCACGAAGCCUACAAGUACUGCACAGCUCUGCUAUAAACUUCCUGAGGUACCAAGGGAAUGAAGAUGGAGGAAGGAAUGAACACUCUCCAUGACUUUGGAAUCCGGUCCACUCACUACCUCCAGGUGAAUUACCAAGACUCCGAGGACUGGUUCGUCUUAGUGUCUAGAAUCGCUGACCUCAGGAAUGCCUUCUAUGUUCUCUUCCCCAUCUGGUUCCAUCUUCAAGAAAUAGUGGGCAUCAAGCUCCUCUGGGUAGCAGUGGUCGGAGACUGGUUCAACCUCGUCUUUAAGUGGAUUCUCUUUGGACAGCGCCCAUACUGGUGGGUCCUGGACACUGACUACUACAGGAACACCUCUGUGCCGAUGAUCAAGCAGUUCCCUGUCACCUGUGAGACUGGACCAGGGAGCCCUUCUGGUCAUGCCAUGGGCACAGCAGGUGUAUACUAUGUGAUAGUCACAUCUACCCUUGCUAUCUUUCGGGGAAAGAAAAAGCCAACAUUUGGAUUCCGGUAUUUGAAUGUCAUCUUGUGGUUGGGAUACUGGGCUGUGCAGCUGAAUGUCUGUCUGUCACGGAUCUACCUUGCUGCUCAUUUUCCCCACCAGGUUGUGGCUGGAGUCUUGUCAGGCAUUGCAGUGGCUGAAGCAUUCAGCCACAUCCAGGGCAUCUACAACACCAGCCUCAGGAAGUACUUUAUCAUCACCUUCUUCCUUUUUGGUUUCGCCCUUGGAUUUUACCUUCUGCUAAAAGGAUUGGGAGUGGACCUCCUGUGGACUUUGGAGAAAGCCAAGAGAUGGUGCGAGCGGCCUGAAUGGGUCCUUAUUGAUACCACACCCUUUGCUAGCCUCUUCAAGAACCUAGGGACCCUCCUGGGGUUGGGGCUGGCCCUCAACUCCAGCAUGUAUCAGGACAGCUGCAAAGGAAGACUGGGCAGGCGGCUCCCAUUCCGCCUCAGCUGUAUUGGGGCCUCCCUGGUCCUCUUGCACCUCUUUGACUCUUUGAAACCCCCGUCCCAAAUUGAGCUGAUCUUCUACGUCUUGUCUUUCUGCAAGAGUGCAACUGUGCCCUUUGCAUCUGUCAGUCUUAUCCCCUACUGCCUUUCCAGGAUCCUGGGUGGGUCACACAAGAAGUCUUUGUAAAGCAUGUGGAGUCUUUGGUAUUUAAAGUUAGUGACUAUGCAAAGGAUUGGAGGUAACUAAAGUCUUCUUCAGUCUAUUCUAAGGCUGGAGGCAUUAACGACAGCCCAGGUGACUCUCUGUCCCUUUUGCAAUCCUAAAUGGAAAGAUGUUUUUGAAAAGCUAAGGAGGCAGUUCGGGAAAAUCUUCAGUGUUAGAAGUGGGGUCAUUCUAGAUAUUUCUCUGAAGACCUGCUAAACACAUUCUCCUGUGAGAUAUAUGAGUAAGACGUCCAAGUAGGGAAGCUCAGAAGCCUGGGCCAGAGAUCCCAACAGAACAAUCUACCUGUGCCUAAGGAGGAAGGCACAGUGCAUUUGAUAGGGAGAGAAAUGGCUUCAGUUAUGUCUGAGUUUUUGGAUGUGACCCUCUCAGUAAUGGUGGGCCGACCUAAAGUGUGACAACCAGCCCCUUAGAGGGGUGACUCUCCUUUUGGCCUUUUUUUCUGCUGUGCGUGAGUCACACAAUGAUCUUGGAUUUGUGAAUGGCUAUGGUGACUGUCACAUCUAUGGGACAUAACUUUUUUAUCAUAUCAUGUCUGUGUCCUGAGCCCAGCUCUGCUUUCCCCCAGAACUUUCUACUGGCUCCCCGCCCCCCCUGCUGGACCCUCAAACGCCCAAUGGGCAGUUCUUCAGUGGUGCUUUUGUACGUUUAAGUUAAGCUCUGAAAUCUUGGGCAAAGUGGCAAACGGUGAGUCAGGAUUCCUCUCUCCAGAAGGUCACUCCGAUGCUACUUUUGAUUCCUGGAGGGGAAAUAAGACUCCUUUCUCUAUCCCAAGCCAACCAAGAACACAUUCUUAGAGGACCACCAACUCCUCUGUGCCUGUUCUCCAGUCUCAGCUGACUUGCAGCCUCUUUUUAAAAAAAAUGCUAAAGCUAUUUAUUCAAGAUUCCUUGUUUUUGCUACUAAUUAUACAGAAUACCAUAUAUUCUCAUUCACACUAAGCAUCCUGCUUCUAAGAUCUUUAAAAAGAAAACUAUAUAUGUUCAGUAUUUUAUUAAAACAACAUUUUAUUUAAGAAUGAA